CAAACUCAAACAACCCACCACCAAGAAUAGGAGGAACCCCCAAGAUAAAAAGGAACAUAUCAUCCAACCAGCAUAUACUCCAACGACAUGGAUCAACAGAACCUGCAACCUACCCUCGAGUCUUAUCCCGACCUACCUCACCAGCCUCAGCGGACCCACGCCACUUCGCCCUCAUCAGGACCAAAAGGAUCCACAAGACUGAUCGAUCUCGAACUGAGAGAACUAUCCAGUUCUGGAAACAAAUCGGGCCUCGAGAUCAACUCGACCCUAAGUCUAACCGAUAACCUGAUCAUAGGGACCAGGAACUCGAAGUUGGCAUUAGUCCAGGCAGAAUCGGUGGAAAGGGAAAUCAACAAGCGGUUCUCAUCAGAUCAGAUCAAGACGGAGAUCAAAUCGAUGAGCACUUCAGGGGACGAGAACCUGCUGAAGCCGUUAUAUCUACUCGGUGGGAAAUCCGUGUGGACGAAGGAGUUGGAAUUCAACCUCCUGAACGGCUCGAUCGACUUGAUUGUUCACUCUUUGAAAGAUGUUCCAACUUCCUUACCCGCUGGAUGCGAGCUGGCCUCAGUCAUGCUUCGGGAGGACCCUCGGGAUGCUCUCAUCAUUCGAAACGGGUUGCCCUUCACUAACCUCUCUCAACUACCCGCCGGGUCGAUCAUCGGUACUUCGAGUGUCAGGAGAGUCGCCCAACUUCGCCGCCGAUUCCCCAAUCUGGCUUUUCAAGAUAUUAGGGGAAAUCUUCAGACUCGAUUCAAGAAACUCGAUGCAUCAGAUUCACCCUACACAGGAAUCAUCUUGGCAGUAGCGGGACUGAAGAGAAUAGGCCUAGCCGAACGGAUCACAUCAUACUUGGAGCCGCCGGAUCUGUACCACGCAGUCGGACAAGGAGCAAUAGGGAUCGAGAUCCGAACCCCACCUGAGAUCAAGCUGAAUGAGACGGUUGAAGAGACGAUCUUGAGAGAGCGGGCGACGACGGUACGAAGGCUGGUGAAGAGCUUGGAAGAUUGGCGGACGGCAUUGAGCUGUGAAGCUGAACGGGCCUUACUUCGUCGACUCGAGGGAGGCUGUAGUGUGCCUGUAGGAGUGACUUCCUCGUUAGUCGAUCUGCCGAUGCCAUGUCCCUGGGCACCCAAAGCUCGACUGACGUUGACCGGAGUGGUGACGAGCGUGGAUGGGCUGGAGGAAGUACGGAAAGAAGCCUGGCUAGACGUCUGUGGUCCUAAGGACGCCGCCCAUCUUGGAACCGCUCUUGCCGAUGAACUUUUCCGUGACGGGGCUGAUAAGAUCUUGGACCAACUUAACUCGGUAAAGAAAUUAGACCUCGAGGAAGGGGCCGCGAGUGAGAGCACUUCUGGAUCUUCUAAUCCCUCUAGGAUCGCCACACUCGAAUCUCAAUCGCAUUUCGUCAUCGCUGCUCCCGCUAAUUCUUCACGUACUGAUAUCGGCUCUAAUCAAGAUCAUGUCGUCUUCUAAGCAGAGAUCUAUUAAUCAAAAGAUUUGUUUAUCAUUUUGUUAUGUCCUUUUUUCCCUAUUUCGAUCUAGAAAAAAAUAAAGCUUAUUAUUAUAGAGCAAUACAGAACAAAAAAAACUAAACAAACAAUUGGAUAACUGUUUUUAAUAUCAUUUGUUAGAUUACUUAUCCCUCAUCUUAUCUAGCCUGGUUUCCUUUUUGUCCUCUUUUUCGGUAAAUCUAUACAUAUAUAUAUAAUUUUAGCAUGCUAUUUUGACAUCCCUCAUCAUCACCUCAUAUUUUCUCUCUCUCUUUCUCCUUGAUUUGUCUCUAACUCGCAUCUGGUUUUGAUUUUAAUUCUAUUGAUCUUUUUUUAUAAAUCAAAUUAAGAGGGAAAGAAGGAAGUUCAUUUCUGGCUGCACCGAGGCUGACGGACCACAG